AUGCGUGUACAUCCCGCCAGCCAGGCUGUACAGCAGCAGGCAUGUAGAGCGCUGCAGAGCCUUGCUGUCAACGACGACAACGAGGUCAAGAUCGCGGGGCUCGGGGGCAUCGAGGCCGUGCUCGCAGCCAUGCAGACUUGUUCCUCAAGCCACCCCGUACAGGAGCAGGCGUGCGGAGCAGUACGGAGCCUGGCUUGCAACGCGGACAACACCUCUAUGCCAAACCUAGCCCUGAACGCGGACAACAGUGUCAAGAUUGUGAGGCUCGGGGGCAUCGAGGCCGUGCUCGCAGCCAUCGAGGCAGACCGAUCGAGUGAGGAUUUACAGCAUCAGGCUAUCUGGUUUCAGGCUUCUGGCUCUAAUGCAAUCAGGAAGAGUCUGAGGACAAUACAUCGUCAUGUUCGAACGUUUCUCUCGGACGCCAUGGGCAGGUUCAAGAAAAAUGACUUUAUUUAG